AUGUCGCCACACCCGCCGCAUGGAGAGAGGGCAAAAUGGAUGGGAAACAGUGUUCUGAAGCCAAUUUUGGAGUACUAUCGGUUUUGGGAGAGAAGGGUAUUUGUGCGGGGGGCUAUCGCCCGGAGGGAGGAGACGUGGGCGAAGACGCUGGAUCUGCAGUGGUGGUUGAGUCCGACCAAUGAAGAUGCGACUACUAGAUGGUAG